AUGGCGGACGACCCAGACCCCGGGGAUCCCGGGGGCCGGGUGGGGGGCGGCCUUGACAGCGACGUGACGGGAGCCUUCGGGGGUGAAGGGGGGGUAAGCACAGUAGCAGCUGGUGGGUCGCUCCACCUAUUGACCGGUCACAAAAGACGGGGGGGGGCUGAGAGUGCGCUCCAGAGCCCACGCAUUCGUCGCCUCCACCACGAAGACCUUCUGUGCCUCUUUGGCAAACCAGCCAAGAGACAGUGUUGUGAAGCAGGCCGUUCGAUUUCAGUACUGACAUGCGGCCAACCUCUCGAAGACCCUCCCAACACCGUGUCUGACGGCGAUUACCCUGUACCUUCGGCCAUCAUCGGAGAAAGGGGGGGAGCAACAACCGAAAAGGGUCCAGUCGACGAGGCGGCGGUUGUACCACGGGUGGCAUCGGAGGUAGCGAGGGCAGCCUGGGAGGAACACCGUAGGCGCUUGCAACAACAGCAUGACACUCGCAGACGCUGCCUACCUGUGAGGGCAAUGUUGCACGGCGCCGGCUCGGCCGACGCCGCAACCCCCCCGGUCGUGCCACGUCUCGCAUGGCGGCAGGAGCGGAGGCGCCGGAGUGCGGCGGGGAAAGACAGGCAGCAGGAGCCACUAGUGGGGGGUCAGCGUGACCCGCAGGUGGGCGGGCAGCAGGGGGCCCGGGAGAGGAGCCGGCAGCCGCCGGUGGGGACGGGGCAGCAGGAGCUGCAGAGCGGAAGGCAGCAGGAGCUGCAGAGCGGGGGGCAGCAGGAGCUGCAGAGCGGAGGGCAGCAGGAGCUGCAGAGCGGAGGGCAGCAGCAGCUGCAGAGCGGAGGGCAGCAGCAGCUGCAGAGCGGAGGGCAGCAGGAGCUGCAGAGCGGAGGGCAGCAGGAGCUGCAGAGCGGAGGGCAGCAAGAGCCGCAGGAGCUGCAGAGCGGAGGGCAGCAGCAGCUGCAGAGCGGAGGGCAGCAGCAGCUGCAGAGCGGAGGGCAGCAGCAGCUGCCGAGCGGAGGGCAGCGGGAGCUGCAGAGCGGAGGGCAGCAGCAGCUGCAGAGCGGAGGGCAGCAAGAGCCGCGGCAGCUGCCGAGGGGAGGGCAGCGGCAGCUGCAGAGCGGAGGGCAGCAGGAGCUGCAGAGCGAAGGGCAGCAGGAGCUGCAGAGCGGAGGGCAGCAGCAGCUGCAGAGCGGAGGGCAGCAGCAGCUGCAGAGCGGAGGGCAGCAGCAGCUGCCGAGCGGAGGGCAGCGGGAGCUGCAGAGCGGAGGGCAGCAGCAGCUGCAGAGCGGAGGGCAGCAAGAGCCGGUUUGGGUGUUGGAUGUGGAGAUGGCGGACGAGGCUUGCACCGAUGAGCUGGAAUCAAGCCCCAUGGAGGGGGAGAAUGCCAACCCUGAUUCCCCGGACCAAGCGGAAAGGCCCCGAGCGCGGGGCCGGGGCCGGAGGCGACAGGCAACCAAACUGCAGCAGCUGCAGAGCGGAGGGCAGCAGCAGCUGCCGAGCGGAGAGCAGCAGCAGCUGCAGAGCGGAGGGCAGCAGCAGUUGCCGAGCGGAGGGCAGCUGCAGCUGCAGAGCGGAGGGCAGCAGCAGCUGCCGAGCGGAGGGCAGCAGCAGCUGCAGAGCGGAGGGCACCAGAUGCCGAGCGGAGGGCAGCAGCAGCUGCAGAGCGGAGGGCAGCAGCAGCUGCAGAGCGGAGGGCAGCAGGAGCUGCAGAGCGGAGGGCAGCAGCAGCUGCAGAGCGGAGGGCAGCAGCAGCUGCAGAGCGGAGGGCAGCAGCAGCUGCCGAGCGGAGGGCAGCGGGAGCUGCAGAGCGGAGGGCAGCAGCAGCUGCAGAGCGGAGGGCAGCAGCAGCUGCAGAGCGGAGGGCAGCAGCAGCUGCAGAGCGGAGGGCAGCAGCAGCUGCAGAGCGGAGGGCAGCAGGAGCUGCAGAGCGGAGGGCAACGGCAAUUGCAGAGCGAAGGGCAGCAGCAGUUGCAGAGCGGAGGGCAGCAGCAGCUGCAGUGCGGAGGGAUGGAGCUUGCAAGGCCGUUAGAGGGGGGCAUGGAGACGGAGUCUAGCAGGAGGGUCUUGCCGGCGUGUUCGAGUGGAGAGGAGCACCCAGACCCUACAUUGACACCCCCGCCCCGCAUUCCGGAGAAUCAUGCGUCGUAUCCCACAGCGCGCUAG